GUCGCCCGGAAGUGGUCCUUCGCUCGCCGAAGCCGCCGUCUUGCCCUCGAAGUGCUCCUCUGUCACCGAGGAGGAGUGAGCGGCUUCGCGCAGACCGAAGGGAGCAAUGCGAUGAUAAAAGCCGCAUAUGCGGGUGAGCUACACACACCUUUAUCUGGACAGAGGAAGAGCCGAGAAUAACAAGCUUUACCCCGGUUCUCCGCGCGCUGCGGACUCUUCCCAAAGCGGAACCUAAAGUGCCAGUACAACCAUGUCCAUCCGGUCAACAGGGGGCGGGGUCAACGAUGUCACCCGCUUCCUGUCAACAGGUGGGGGGUUGGGGUCUCCCACCUCCAACGCCACUCCGUUCUCCGCGGCCAGCCAGGCCGACUGGGCGGCAAAGAGGCUGGUGUGGGUGCCGUCAGAGAAACAUGGCUUUGAGUCGGCCAGCAUCCGUGAAGAGCGAGGCGACGAGGUGGAGGUGGAGCUCACAGACAGCCAGAGGAAGUUGACUCUGUCCAGGGAGGAGGUGCAGCGGAUGAACCCUCCACGCUUCAGUAAGGUGGAGGACAUGGCUGACCUCACCUGCCUGAACGAAGCCUCCGUGCUGCACAACCUCAGAGAGCGAUACUACUCCGGCCUGAUCUACACAUAUUCAGGGCUGUUCUGCGUGGUGGUGAACCCUUACAAGAACCUACCGAUCUACACAGAGUCCAUCGUAGAGAUGUACCGGGGCAAGAAACGCCACGAGAUGCCCCCGCACAUCUACGCCAUAUCAGAGGCGGCCUAUCGCAGCAUGCUGCAAGACAGAGAAGAUCAGUCAAUCCUCUGCACAGGCGAGUCUGGAGCUGGGAAGACAGAAAACACUAAGAAAGUCAUCCAGUAUUUGGCUCACGUCGCCUCCUCACACAAAGGUGGCACUUCGGGUAAAAACAAGGAACCUGUCCAGAUGGAUGGUUCGAGGUCUUUAACGAGAGGCAGCACUCUGGUGAAUAAAAGUUUACAAUAUGGUGAGCUGGAGAGACAGCUGCUGCAGGCCAACCCCAUCCUGGAGGCCUUUGGCAAUGCAAAGACCGUUAAAAACGACAACUCGUCCAGAUUUGGUAAAUUCAUCCGCAUUAAUUUUGACGUGGCAGGAUAUAUUGUUGGUGCCAACAUAGAGACCUACCUCCUUGAAAAGUCCAGAGCCAUCCGUCAGGCCAAAGAUGAGAGGACCUUUCACAUCUUUUAUCAGAUGUUAUGUGGUGCUUCAGAGGAAACUAGAGCGGACUUACUUCUUGGAAGCGCUGAUGAGUAUCGUUUCCUCACUAGAGGCUCUGUUCCCGUUCCUGGUCAGAGUGAUUCAGAGAAUUUCACCCAGACUAUGGACUCCAUGGGCAUAAUGGGCUUCACCCCUGAGGAAUCAGUGUCCAUGCUGAAGGUGAUCUCAGCCGUGCUCCAGUUUGGAAACAUAUCCUUCAUGAAGGAGAAGAACCACGACCAGGCCUCCAUGCCCGAUAACACAGCUGCUCAGAAACUGUGCCACCUGCUGGGCAUCAACGUGCUGGAGUUCACCCGCGCCAUCCUCACACCCAGGAUCAAAGUGGGGAGAGAGUACGUGCAGAAGGCCCAGACCAAAGAACAAGCUGACUUUGCCAUAGAGGCGUUGGCGAAGGCGACAUAUGAACGUCUGUUCAGAUGGCUGGUUCACAGGAUCAACAGAGCCCUGGACCGCAGACAGAGACAGGGAGCCUCUUUCAUAGGCAUCCUUGAUAUCGCUGGGUUUGAGAUCUUCCAGCUGAACUCCUUCGAGCAGCUGUGCAUCAACUACACCAACGAGAAGCUGCAGCAGCUUUUCAACCACACCAUGUUCAUCCUGGAGCAGGAGGAGUACCAGAGGGAGGGCAUCGAGUGGAACUUCAUUGACUUCGGCCUGGACCUGCAGCCUUGCAUUGACCUCAUUGAACGACCGGCCCAUCCACCUGGUGUUCUGGCCCUGCUGGAUGAAGAGUGCUGGUUCCCUCGGGCCACAGACCGCACAUUUGUAGAGAAGCUAUCUGCUGAGCAAAGCAAACAUCCCAAAUUCUUCAAAUCAAAGCAGCCACGUGGGGAAGCUGACUUCUCUAUUAUUCACUAUGCUGGAAAGGUGGACUAUAAGGCAGAUGAUUGGUUGGUGAAGAACAUGGAUCCUCUGAAUGACAAUGUGGCGUCUCUUCUCCAUCAGUCGUCGGAUCAUUUCGUGUCGGAGCUGUGGAAGGAGGAUAUUCAAACUCUCCCUCGUGUGUACUUCUUUGACUCCUAUGCCACACUACAGACUAAUGGCUCAGACAUGGACAGGAUUGUGGGUCUGGACCAGGUGUCCUCAGGAGAGAGCAGCGGGCCCGUCACUUUCGGAGCAGGACUCAAGACAAAGAAGGGAAUGUUUCGAACUGUCGGCCAACUCUACAAAGAGUCUCUCACCAAGCUGAUGGCCACGCUGAGGAACACCAACCCCAACUUCCUCCGAUGCAUCAUCCCCAACCACGAGAAGAGGGCCGGUAAAUUAGAUCCUCAUCUUGUUUUGGACCAGCUGAGGUGUAACGGUGUGCUGGAGGGAAUUCGUAUCUGCAGACAGGGAUUCCCGAACCGCAUCCCUUUCCAGGAGUUCAGACAGAGAUACGAGAUUCUCACUCCCAAUGCUAUACCUCGCACUUUCAUGGAUGGAAAACAGGCCUCGGAGCUUAUG